CUCCAUUGUACCUUACUCUGGUUUUCUCAUAAGCAAACUCAAUCCCCUUCUUCAUACAACUGCACUUCUUCUAGAUUCUUCCUCGCCGCCGCCGCCGGAGAUGACAACCGGAGACCGGUCGCUGUUCAGACCUUCAUUUUCCAGGAUGAUGUCAGCCUGACCGGUGGUUUUAGCGAAAUUCCGUACCUCAAAACCCUAAGCUAAGCGAACCCCCUUCUCUCUCUUUACGUUGCAGAGAUUUCAAGUUAUUCUAUGCUUAUAAAAUUCAUAAUUACCUACGCCAAGGUAUCGAUUCCAGCUUAAACCUCUCGGAUUUUGCUAGAAUACGUUGAUUCUAGGGAUGAAUUUCUUGGAUGAUGAGCUAAUUUCAUUUUAUUUGAAUCCGAAGAAAGAGGAGGAAAUCAGUCAUUAUUUUUUAGUCAUAAUUAAUCAGUCAUCUGUUUAAAUAGACCUACCUACCUUCUUCGUUGUUCAUCUGAACUUCAUCUUGGCUCUGUGUUCUCAGAUCAAACCCAUAAAUGUUUUCGGUAGAAAUUAGAGGGGUUUGUUCUUAUUUCUAGGUUUAGUUGGUGAAAGAGUGAGAUAAUAAACCAUUAACUGGUACCUUAAGCGAUGAAGAUUCAGCCUGUUGAUAUCAAUUUCAACCCAGUUGAUGAUACUUUCCGGAAUGAGCCCGCAGUGAAACCUGUUUUGAAGUCACGGCUGAGGCGUCUGUUUGAACGAAACUUUCCGGUGAGACUUCCAUCGGUUGAAACGAACCUUAAUUUAGUAAAGCAUGGUUCCGGUGAGUUCGAUCCGAGCUCUGUUUGUUUGGCGAAGAUGGUGCAGAAUUUCAUUGAAUAUGGAAGCGAUAAGCAGGAUUCGCUGAAAUGUAACAGUAAAAGCUGUAAUUGCUUCAACAGAAACUGCGGCGAUAACUCCGAGGAAGACAAUGACUCUUCUGAUUUCUCAUCUGCCGAUGCAUGCAGAGUUCUGAAAAGUUUGGUUCAAUGUGCAUGCGUUGUUGAAAGAAAGCUGCUGGGGGACACAUCAAGAAUCGUGGAGAACAACAAGUUUUCAAAGCUUAAAGAUGAAUGUUGCAGAAAGAUUGUCACUGAUGGCCUUAUAGCUCUUGGAUAUGAUGCUUCUAUCUGCAAAUCUCGCUGGGAAAAAUCCUCUCUUUGCCCGGCCGGGGAAUAUGAAUUUGUGGAUGUAUUGAUAGAAGGGGGGGAGAGGUUUAUAAUCGAUAUAGCCUUCAGAUCAGAAUUCGAAAUCGCUAGAUCAACAAAAACAUACAAAUCAAUCCUCCAGAAGCUUCCAAACAUAUUUGUAGGGAAAUCUGAGCGUCUGCAGUCAAUAAUCUCGAUUGUUUCAGAGGCGGCGAAACAGAGUCUGAAGAAGAAAGGUAUGCACUUCCCUCCAUGGAGAAAAGCUGAAUAUGUGAAGGCUAAAUGGUUAUCUCCCUGCACCCGAACCAAACCGAACAUAAUCAUGAUCGACAAAGAAGAAGUAUUAUCUGAUGAUAUUGAUGAAGAACCUACUAUGUUUGCUUUAACUGCUGCUGCUGCUGCUGCUGCUGGAGAUGAUGAUGAUGAAGAAGAGAAUAAGAAGAAAUGGGAACUGCCAAAGGUUGGAAUUCAGAAGCCUUUGUCUGGAGUAAAGAUGGUGACUGGUUUAGCUUCUGUCAUUAACGACAACAAUCCCUAAAUGUUUUUGUUUUGUUUUGUUUUUAAUUUCUGGAAAACAUCUAUCCUUCUUCUUCUUCUGCUUCCACCCCUUUGUGGUUUUUGUAUAAGGGUGUGUGAUCUACUUACUGAUAUACUACAAUAGUGACUACAUAUACACUAAUAAUAAUAAUAAUAAUGAUUAAAAAAGCAAA